AUGAACAGUGAGGUACACCGUUCCUGGGACACCAACAAAGGAUCCUUAAGCAAGUCCAGCAGCUUGAUAUCGAUCUUCUCUGUCUACCAACAAUUAUCAUUAUCACCAUGUCAUCCAUCGAUGACCCUUCCCACCAUGACGAACGGCAGCAAGGCAACUCUUCAGGCAAUGGCAAGGUGGAUUCUCGGACGUCGCGCGACCACAACCGGAAUUACCACUUCGAAUCUAUUCCCUCGCAUUAUUUGA